AUGCAGAACAAAGCCGGAGUUGACGCAGUCGGUGGGCGCCUCCGUGGGCUGCAAGCGGGCCGGGCGGCGGUCACUCCGUCCUUCGUGAUUGACGAGCUCUCGGGCGAGAGCCGCUACCGGCUAGCACUUGGGAAGGUAUGUUUUGCGAGUGACGGGAAGGCACCAGAGGUUAUGCUUCGACUGGAGGAGGCCCGGCCAGCGCCCUUCGCCGCAGCCAUCACCCAGGCCAGGGCGGACGUGAUGGCCGGGCUGGGAGCAGCCAGCAUGGAGUCCUACCGGAGGGCAUACCCUUUCUUGCUCAAGCUGCACAGUCUCAGGGAAGCGGAACAGGCCUUCGAGGCGAUUCACGGGCAUAGAGAGCCGGCAAAGAGGCAAGAGGCACUCCGGAGCCUUGGCUGGGAGCAGCGCUUGUCCGCGAUGGGCGCGUCCUUGAGAAAACUGGCGCCGGUGCUUGCGGCCGACAACUGGCUGCAGCUCGCCAAGAGGGCGCGGGCAGCGGGGCAGUUCGCGGUGGCCGGGGCGGCCCUGCGUCGCGCGGGUAGGCUCGGGGUAUGUCAGGACAGGCUGGCGUUCGAGGAGGCCAAGCUCGCGCGCGAGAGAGAAGGGGUCCACCGCGCCUUGGUGAUUCUGGAGCCUGUGGAGACGGACGUGGACAGCCUGAAAGCGCUGCUCACCGUCAAGGGUACUAUCAGCAAGAGUCGUGGUGGGACGACGAUCGGUGGUGUUGGCACUUCUUCCUCGUCGUUGCCGCGGAGCGGUCUGGAUAUUGACGGGGACGAGAGGUUGCAGCUAGCGCGCAAGCUUCUCCUCACGACGGAGUGGAUCGUCGAGGCUGGACAGAAGCACGGGCAGGCCGUGGUCGCCAGGUACAAGCUUGCUCUGCAGCUCCGGCCGGGCUGGGAGAAGGGCUACUUCUGCCUGGGGCAGUACGUCGACUUCCUCUUCAAGUCCAGGCAGCCGAAGACCGCAGCACCGAGGGGCGGGUGGGCGGGAGACGAGCUGGCACACAAGCUUGCCCUGCAGACAAUGGAGAACUACUCUCGUAGCCUCAGGGCAAGGUUUGGCGCCAAGUACAUCUUCCAGAGCAUGCCGCGCUUGCUCACUCUCUGGUUUCAGGUCGGGUUUUUGCGUGAUCCAUCGACGGUGGAGGACAAGGAGAAAGCCCCGCGCCUUAGGAGUGCGGGUGGUAAGAGUGCCAACGCCAAGGCUGUCGCCGCGGCUGCCAAGGGCAAGAAGCGUCCGGUGGCCCAAGCCAAGAGCAUUGUGCCGAAGCUCCAGACCGACAGCACCGCUCUCGUGAAGGAGGCUGUGCGCACCAUCCCUCCCUACAUGUGGUACACGGCUCUGCCGCAGCUCACAUCCCGUGUGGGACACCCGAACGAGGAUGUUCUGAGGGUGAUCAUCGACGCGCUGGCUAUGCUCCUCAGGGCGCAUCCCAAGCAGGCCCUGUGGCACCUGUCCAGCCUGUGUUUGUCAAUCAGCGAAAGCCGUCGACAGGUCGGCAACCAGGUGUUCGAACAGGCGAGGCGUCUACUAGAUGCGGAGGGAAAGCAGGGGGAAGCCGUUGCUAUUCAGGAUGGCCAAGCGCUGUUCUCGGAGCUUAUCACAGUGGCGCAGGAGCAGCCACCAAAGAACUUAAAGGAAGCCCACUUCAAGAUCGGACACCGGAUGGACCUUCAUCGCUUCAUCGUACCAGCGGCGCUUACCGUGAGCCUUCCCCAAGCACCCCGCAAGGAUGCUACCGCCACAGCCGCUGCAUGGGGCGGCGGGGGGAGAAAGGGCAGGGCUGCUGCUGCGGCCGCCGCCGCCGCCACCGCUGCUGCGGAGGCCGCGGAAGAGGUGCCGUGCUCUCAGGCGGAGGUGUUGGCGGCGGCGGCGGUUGCUGCGCACAACCCUUUCCCGGGGGGAGAGAUGCACAUCAAGUGCUUCCACACCCGUGUGAAGUACAUGACUUCGAAAGCCAAGCCCAAGAAGGUGUCCCUCAAGACCCUCGAGACGGGCGAGCAGGUGCACUUCCUCUGCAAGCAGGAGCGAAACGGAGAUCUCAGGAAGGAUGCGAGGCUCAUGGAGUUCAACGGCAUGAUCAACCGCCUCUUGCAGAAGAAUCCAGCGGGGCGUACGAGGAAGCUCCGGCUCCGAACUUACGCGGUUAUCUGCCUCAACGAAGAGUGUGGCGUGUUGGAGUGGGUUGAGGACACGACUGGCUUCCGCAUCCUGGUUCACAAAUCCUACCAGAUCAAAGCCCGGAGCUCGACAAUCCCCGCUGCAAAGCCACCCCAAAUACUCCAGGUGAGGACUACCCUCGACAGGGUUCAGCUCAAGGCCGCACAGCCGUCGGGGAUGCCGACUGCACUGCAGAUGUACCGCCAAAACAUCCUGGACGUCCAGCAGCCGUGCUUCCACCUGUGGUUUGUCGACCACUUCGCGGAGCCCACCGCCUGGUCGGCUGCUGUUUGGUCAAGCGUGGGGCACGUGGUCGGGCUGGGGGAUCGGCAUGGCGAGAACAUUCUCAUCCACACCGAGAGCGGUGAAUGCGUCCACGUGGACUUCGACUGCCUCUUCGAUAAGGGUUUGAGCUUGGCCAGACCCGAGAUCGUCCCCUUCCGGCUAACGCCUUCCAUGGUGGACGGCAUGGGCCUAUGCGGCUUCGAGGGCGUAUACCGCCGGGUCAUGGAGACAUCUAUGUCGGUGCUGAGGACCAACCGAGAAACUCUGCUGAGCGUGCUGGAACCCUUCUUGCAGGCAAGAUAG